AUGGCGCAUGCUGAAGCGUACGGUCCAAAUCUGCCAACAUUUGCAGAUUUGAAGAACCAUCUGCGCAAGGAGCCGCUUUACUUCCAGGUAUUGGAAGGAUACCUGCAAAAUACGGCCAAACUGAUUGAGGAUUUGAGGGAGAAGUUGGACAAUGAAACGAAUGAAGUUUCAACGGCAGACUUGAGAAUCCGCCCAAGUCCUACGCCAUCUCGGGAACAGAUAGAAACGUUCCAUCAAUCCGGGGGAAUCCAGUGCGAUCUGGAGCGGGAAGCAGAAAAUGAGGACCAGAUCGCCCUCCACCUUCUCGAACAACAACAACAAGCUUUAGAGCAAGAGGAAGAACCAGUGCCGGCCGGCACUGAACGCAGUGAAGCGGAAAGCAUUCGCGAAAUAGCACUGCGUUCACGGACGAUACGGAUUCCACAACGUGAGGCAAAGCCAGUAGUGCCGGAAUCCUUUCAUGCGCCGGCAGUGGAAGGUUUACCGGCGUGGUACCAACAACUGCUGGUGAGGCCACCGAUUGACCCAUACGUAGUUAUUCGAAAUGCUGAUGGGUCAAUCACAAUUGGCUUCUGUCAAAAAUGCGGCCAUUUCGUCGAUAUGCCGCAUGUUCGCUCUGAUGACGAAAUUACAGUCAUGAUGGAGCUACAUGCUUUGGAAUGGUGCCCUAGGGCCACGAAGGCUGUUAUGAAUGACAGAGCUAUUAAACGACGAAGACUUGAGUUGGUGGGUAGAAACGAAGAGGCCGAGCACUACUAUAUUCCCAGUAAGUAA